GGAAUCGCUUCGUUUUGUUUUGCCCAAUAUAGAAGCCAAUCUUAGUCUGAAACUGAUCUGAUCCUAACUUUUUUUUUUUUUUUUUGGUCUGGUGUGGCAGCAAUACGCAGACCAGGAGCGCGUGGAGAGUGUUUCGUCUUAAGUCCUGUUCAAACUGAGCGCUGAGCGUAGCCGCCUUUAUCCCCCACUACAUCUCAGCUUCACGUCCAUGUGGGAAGCAGCAUAGAUCGCACAGUACAAGACAAACAGGGGCUGGAGAACGCCGCCGACACCCCCCUCGACCACCACCACCUUCACCCCCCACUCCUCCAGCAUCCCUCCCACCUCGCUCCGCGAUUGGCCCGCGUCGGUGUUGACGUCAAUGACGUCACGCCGGCAAACACGUGGGCCAAGGCAUCCGGAGCUCACAUAAACAAAGCCACAUUGGCUCGGAGUGACUUAGUCGAGGCAAGUGUCGCUCAUAGGCUUGGGGGUGGGGGGCUUCAUGAUUUGGGAGGUUUUGCGUCGACUUUCCCGUUUGUUCUCAGCCCUCCUGAAUGCUUAUUGCAUGGAUUGAACAGCUGGAUGCGAAAAGAGGGCAAGAUCCCGCCAACUCGAAAUCCGACCGGUCGUCCCAAGUCGCGUUAUCUCGUCCAAGUGCGAGCCCGGCACCGCGUUGAGGUGAAAGCAAGCGAGCGUUUUCGAACCAAAGCCCCCGUCUGGCCAAAUUUGCGCACCCGCGCCUCGGCAGCCAUGCCCUGCGUCCAGGCUCAGUAUGGAUCAUCACCCCAAGGAGCCAGCCCCGCUUCCCAGAGUUACAGCUACCACGCCGCGGGAGAGUACAGCUGCGACUUCCUCACUCCCGAGUUCGUGAAGUUUAGCAUGGACUUGACCAACACCGAGAUCACCGCCACCACCUCCCUGCCCAGCUUCAGCACCUUCGUGGACAACUACAACGCGGCGGCGGCGGCGGGCUACGACGUCAAGCCGCCGUGCCUCUACCAGGGCGGCGGCGGCGGUAGCGGCGGCGAGCAGUCGCCCAUCAAGGUGGAGGACGUGCAGAUGCACGGAUACCCCCACCAUCCGCAUCACCACCACCAUCACCCGCACCACCCGCACCCGCAUCAGCAGGGCCACCUGCCGCCGCAAUCCGACGACAUGAUGACCCACGCGGGGCCCGUGUACUUCAAGCCGCCAUCGUCCCCCAACACGCCCAACUUCCAGGUGCAGGCCGGCGCCAUGUGGGAGGACCCCGGCCCCUCGCUGCACCCUUUCCACCACAACUACAUGAUGGAGCAGCGCAAGAAUCCCGUGUCGCGGCUCUCCCUCUUUUCCUUCAAGCAGUCCCCACCCGGCACGCCCGUGUCCAGCUGCCAGAUGCGGUUCGACGGCCCGCUGCACGUCUCCAUGGGCCACGACGGCCCCGCUUCGGCGGCCGCCGCGGCCGCGGCUGCAGCGGCGGCGGCGGCGGCGGCGGUGCACCACCGGGGCCUGGACGCGCAAAGCUUCGCGGUGCCCGGCGGCCUCCGCAAGCAGGGCGGCCUGGCCUUCCCGCACUCGCUGCAGCUGGGCCACGGGCAUCAGCUGGUGGACAGUCAGGUGCCGUCGCCGCCCUCCCGCGGCUCGCCGUCCAACGAGGGGCUGUGCGCGGUGUGCGGAGACAACGCGGCUUGCCAGCACUACGGGGUUCGAACCUGCGAGGGCUGCAAGGGCUUUUUUAAGCGCACCGUCCAGAAAAAUGCCAAAUAUGUGUGCUUAGCCAAUAAGAACUGCCCGGUGGACAAACGCCGGAGAAACCGUUGCCAGUUCUGCCGUUUCCAGAAGUGCCUUGUGGUCGGAAUGGUGAGAGAAGUGGUGAGGACUGACAAUCUAAAAGGUCGACGAGGACGCCUGCCAUCCAAACCCAAAAGCCCCCAGGAGCCCUCCCCCCCGUCGCCGCCGGUCAGCCUCAUCAGCGCGCUGGUCAGGGCCCACGUGGACUCGAACCCUUCCAUGUCCGCGCUGGACUACUCCAGAUUCCAGGCGAGUCCUGACUACCAAAUGGCGGGCGACAACACGCAGCACAUCCAGCAGUUCUACGACCUGCUCACCGGCUCCAUGGAGAUCAUCCGCGGCUGGGCCGAGAAGAUCCCCGGCUUCUGCGAUCUGCCCAAGCCGGACCAGGACCUCCUUUUUGAGUCGGCCUUCCUCGAGCUCUUCGUCCUCAGGCUGGCGUACAGGUCCAACCCGGUGGAAGGCAAGCUGAUCUUUUGCAACGGCGUGGUGCUGCACAGGCUGCAGUGCGUGCGCGGUUUCGGCGAGUGGGUGGACGCCAUCGUGGAGUUCUCGUCCAACCUGCAAGGCAUGAGCGUGGACAUCUCGGCGUUCGCAUGCAUCGCCGCGCUGGCCAUGGUCACAGAGAGACACGGGCUGAGGGAGCCCAAGCGCGUGGAGGAGCUGCAGAAUAAGAUCGUCAACUGCCUGAAGGACCAAGUGACGUUCACGGGCGGCGGCGGCGGCGGCGGUGGCGGUGGCGGCCUGAACCGGCCCAACUAUCUGUCCAAGUUGCUGGGCAAGCUGCCCGAGUUGCGCACGCUGUGCACGCAGGGGCUGCAGCGCAUCUUUUACCUCAAACUCGAAGACCUCGUGCCUCCGCCGGCCAUCAUCGACAAACUCUUCCUCGACACGCUGCCUUUCUAAAAAAAAAAAAAAAAAACAGGCCGCGGCUCCCACGCAGACUAUUUCCCGCCCCCCCCUCCCCCACCACAAAAAAACCCCCCAAACGUUCCCAAUUGAAUUUUUCUUCUUUUUUGGACAUCUGCAAAAGCAGGACUGGCGGGGAGCCUUUCUUUCCUCCGAGGACCUUCCUAAACUUUCUGCUCCUUUUCAUUCCACACUUGUUUUUUGGCGCUGCAUGGCAAACCGAUCGAACGCAAACAUUGCGCAUUUGAAUUCCAACGACUUGAGUGGGUCCAAAAAAAAAACAAA